AUGUUCAUGGCUGGGGCCGCGGAGCCACAGUGGCUGCCUCGGCCAUUCGCCCGGGCGUGGAGGUACGUGUCUGCCCUCAAGGUGGUAGCCUGGGACGAGCAGUACUUCUCCGGCUGGCUGGAGCAUGUGAGUGGCGUGCCGAUCCUUUCUGCCUCUUCUGGCGCUCUGUUUGUUCUCUUUGGCUAUGCCCGGAGGGAGGCGCCCGAGUCCGGGGACGCGGGGAAUUCACACCAGGGUGCUGGGCGGCCUGGCUGGCGAGCCCGAAGGGGGCUCUCUUACUUACCUCGGGGGCCCCUGGGUGACGCGUGGGACCUCUACAGUACCUCGGGGCACCCGGGCGACGCUCGUCGAUUGAAUUCGUAA